AUGUGCGGGAGCCAGAACGCCUGGGGAGAUGAGGAGUGCAGGACCUGCACAGGUGGCAGGAGGAGACCUCGUUCCCCAAGCUCUCCUGGGAUGGACCAUCCUUCGAAGAGGCAAGCAAUGCAGCCAAGGGUGGAGCCAACCGACAUUGCCGACGUAGGGCCGAUGCAUGAACGGGUGCCAACACCGGAGGGUCUGGAGGCGACGCCGCUCCAAGGAGGACGCGAAGGGGUGGAAGCGGAAGGAGGCUUGUUGCGGGAUGGCGGGGCUGCUGCGGAGAAGGACGAAAGCGACUCGGGCGGGCAGCCCGGACCUGGUGUGGAGCCGGGGGAGGAAGGCGAUGCGAUGCCUGUCGAGUUUAUUGGGGGAGCAGAGGGGACGAUGAUCGGUAAAGCCGUCAAGAGGCAGAAGUACAUGGCGCCCCACGACCUCAAGCUUUCCCAGGCCUUCAAAAUGCGUGGAAUGUCGCAGAAGAACAUGUCUUUUUUGGCGGCAAUUCGCGUUUGCUGGGGGGACCGCGAUCGGUGUAGCCGGGAAAAGCUAUUCGAACGUAUUGCAGACGAAUCCCUGCUUAGCAAGGAUCCACUGCUCGCGCUAUCCGUGUCAUGGGACAACAACGACACCGACCCGCAUGCGGCGCUAGGGAGUGCGGAACACCUCAGCCAGAUUGGCGCAUGCGCGCACCAAGUGACCAAGCGCGGGUUGCCCACUCUGGGGCUGGAGUCGCAGUGGAAGAAAAUCAAUGACGUGACUCUGGCGAGGUUGAAAAAAGGUGCUCGUGGUGACGAGCACGACUCCGUGAUCGAUGGGUGGAAUCGUCUCCUCUACGGGAUUCUUGGAAACAGCCCGCGCUACCUCAGCGCGGACGGGGAGGAGCAGUCUUGUCUGGAGAUCAAAAUUCAAGACAAGCACACCGCACCCGAAAGCAAGGUUGCCUCAAGGAACUUGUUUCUGGAGGCGGGGUCCACGAAGCGUUUAGCCGACAACGAGGCCGCCCUGGAGAGAAUCCAACGUAGCUGUCAUGCGGGGGUCGUGUGGGAGGUUGUGGACGGGAGAUGGCGAAGCACAGUUAGUCGGCUUGUCCUGGUGGAGGGAGACGAAGAGACAUACCGCAUCAUGGUGCAACUGAAGAAGGGGAACCCGGAGAAGUACAAGUGGAUGGUACCCCAUCCAGGCGGCUGGCACAUCAUGCUGCAUGUUACGAAGGCCCUCAUGACGAGAUACUACGGGGCAGGCAUCGAGGUCGUCGCAAAAGCCCUCGGGGGCGACGAUGUGCACGCCGCCGCCGGCAGCAAGUACAGGAGGAGUAAUCAUUUGUUGACGGUGACGUACGAGGCGUUGUGGUGGGUUGUGAUAGAACAGUAUGUCGCCGCGAAACAAAAAGAGGCGAGAGAGGGACCCCCCGGUGCUGCCCCGCCCGCGCAGCCGGUAGACAUCCAGGGAGACGUGGUGCCGUGGCUGAAGGAACAAGCCAAGGAGCACAAGACCCUGCGCUUCUGGGCGACAUUCUUGUUGGAUGACUACCCGACGUAUCUCAUGUUUCGAACAGGGGGUAGAACUACGAACUACAAGCUAUGCGUGGCGGUGUUUCGAAAUAUUGCUCCUCUUUUCGCAGCCACGGGGAAGAACCGAUACCAACAGCUGGCCUUGUGGCAUAUGCUGACCCUCGCGCGUAUGACCGACUCUGACUUGGAGGCGGUUGCUACGCUGUUUUCGUCUCAGUUCAACACCAAGAACUACCGCAACUUCAACAACGUCUUCCUGGGCGAGAUACAGGAGAUGAUGAACAGAGUCGUUAAGCAAAACCUGGGAAGGAUCACGCAGGCGUACAUGACGAGGCUUCCGUUGAUAUGCGACUCUCGACGAGGCGCUGUGGACGAGGUUGACGCUAGCUUCUACCCGUCGUACAAAGAGCGCGACGUACGCCGUGCCGUCAUCAGGGUUCGAGUUGGUCCGAUAAGAAAGGCGAAAGAAGUGCUGGCGGAAUCGUUCGCAUUUUCGGGGGAGGGGAAGGAUCAACUGCGGUCUUUGGGUGGGGCGGUGACCACAGCACGAAAGGCGGAGGCCAUGCUAAAUGCCAACGACAUCGCUGAGAGGAAGUUCGACGCGGUGUUGAAGUACGAGGCUCUCGGCGACAAGGUAGGGGGGACCAAGCCGAGCACAAGUAAGAUCCCGUUUUUCGCCCCCGAGAACACUACCUUGAAGGCUUCAACGGCGCCCACUUCGACCGCCGUGGCGCGCAAGGAUUUUAGGGACAUGACGCUUUUGGCGACGGAGUUCUGGAAAGUCAUCAAGUCCGCAGUGAUGGAAGGGGAGUUGACCGAGGAGGAGCGGAACGAGAUCAUGGGGUCGAUCGGGGUGGUGUUGCCGAUGGCUCUGUCUCGGUCGGGCGAUGGAGGAGCGUACACCAUAAACAAAGCUGCUGGGGCGAACUGGGCUUUCGACACGUUUUGUCCCGACGCCAUCCAAGAGGAGGUAUUUUACAGCUUUGACGGGUUUGCGUACGACUGGGCGACAGAUCUGCACAGGUCUCCACCCGUUGGCAAGUGCCAAAAGGGAGCGGUAGCGUACCUGGACCACUAUCGCGAUCAGAUAUUCUCGGACCUGACAAACUAUGGGCGCGUGGAUGACGACGGACAGAGACAGUAUGUAGUAGCGUUUGGAUACGACGACCCCACCGAGGUGCCACCCAUCAAGGCCGGUACACAGCACAAGCGGCGUGAAGGCGUUGCUGCAUCCUCAGUGGUGUUUGACACCUCUUCUAUCAAGCCCAUCCCGACCGGGGAUAAGUAUCAGCCCUUCAUCCGUGUGCCGGGAAACCGGGACAGCAUUGCCUCGCACCUUUGGCAACGAAUGAUCAGCCACCCCGAGGGGAUAGGAGGAGCUGUAGACGCUACUUUCGUCGCCUUUGGAGUGGCUCGUAUAGUGGUACCGUCCAUUGAGGGGGCUGGGGAUGGGAGCGAUGUGAGCGCAUCUGGGGUGGAUCCCGCACUGUCACCAUCGAACACUCCCGGGGGAGAGGGGUCACCGGCAACAAAGAAGAAACCACUCGAUGCGCACGUGUGGAAGAAGGGUGACUCCUCGCCGACUGCUCAUGAAGGGCAGGGCAUCGGGGAGGGGGAGCUUAGUACUACACACGCCAUCAUCCACCACGCGUUGUACACGGGGCUAGGCAGAGUCCGUUGGUGGCUGGUAACCUCUGUGGAUACCGACCAAAUUAUCCAUAUCCUACUCGCCAUGGCUGACGGCAGAAUUAAGCCGACGGGCGACGACAGGACGCGUGUGACGGUGCGCCGGCACAAAGGGCAGCAAGUCAACCAGUUCGUGGACAUGAACCGCGUGUACACAGCCCUUAUUAGCAAGCCUGCAUGGAACACGGGAGCGGGUGAAGGGAGAGAGCCCCCGGAGUGGUUGAACGAGGGAGAGGGCGAGGCAAGGGUGGUGCUGUUCUUGGUGAUGUUUCUCCUCAGUGGUUGCGAUUUCUUGCCGGGGUUCUACUUCUUGAAGCUGCCGAAGAUGUUCCAGUUUGUGCUGGACACAAUCUCCCAGCCUGGUCUUUUCAGCAAACCCAUCGUGAAAAAGGUCAAUGGGAAAUGGACCCUCGACAUCGACCAGUGCGUCAAGAUGCUUGGUGUGUGCUACUUCCAGAUGCACUGGAACAUCUUCCAGGUCGCGUACGGCCGCGGAGCGGUGGAGCUGUUUCAGGCUGUGGAUGGGGACAGCAGAACAUUCAUCGACCGUAACCGAGCCGAUCUUAAGGAGGAGCUAGAAAUACAGCAGGAGGAGGCAGCAGCUGCCAGGGCGAAGGCGGAUGCUGAGAAGGCUAGGGAGAAUGCUGAGAGGGCCGCGUCGGUGACUGCGGCUGCGGCCGCGGCGGAUACCGCGAGUAGCCCUGGACCUCAGGGGAGAGAAAGUGGGGUCAGGCGUUCACAGCGGCAGACUCCACGAAGAAGUAUCAUCGCUGAAGCGGUCUAUCUUUGGAUGCAGCACGCACGGGGGGAAAACCCCGAGGACGGAGAGACCACGUCCGGGCAGGUGGUCGAUUCUCUUGAGGAAGCUGGUGGAGAGGUGGGGGCGCCUGCGGGGGCGGGGGGGGGAGACGAGGAGGAAACACCAGGUGGCGAUCCGGGCGUUUGCACAGGAGAGGGGGUCGGGGGUCAAACAUCCGAGGGAGGGCUGUAUCCUUUGGAGGAAGGUGGCACAGAGAUGGGGGCGCCUGCCGAGGGGGGGCGUGGAGACGAGGAGGAAACAGACGAAGAAGCGGGCCAACCACUGCCCGACGAGGAGGACCGGCGGGUGCAUAGGUCAGGAAACGACAAUUUCGACGACGUUUGGGAGGAAGGUUCAGCGGGCAGCGACGAAGACGACGCGUCGAUAGACGAUAUGGACGACGGCGGGUUCGAGCUGGAAGGAGAACAGGACGUCUUGGAUUACGACGAGUCAUAA